AUGGCCGAGGAGGAACCAAAGAUGGUGACUGAGACCGUUACCACCGUGUCGGAACCAGCUCCAUCACCGCCAGCUCCGGCGGAGAAAGCCGUUGCUGCGGCGCCGGAUGUUACUCCACAGGAGAAGCCUGUGGCUCCACCUCCAGCUCUUCCAUCUCCGGCGCCUGCGGAGGAGAAGCUAGAGGAGUCAAAGGCUAUUGUUCCCAUCGUCGCAAAAGAAGCAGAUGAAGAGAAAAAAGAAGGAUCAGUUAAUCGAGAUGCUGUCCUAGCUAGAGUUGAGACAGAGAAGAGGAUGUCACUUAUCAAAGCUUGGGAAGAGGCUGAGAAAUGCAAAGUGGAGAACAAAGCUGAGAAGAAGCUUUCUUCAAUUGUGUCAUGGGAGAAGAACAAGAAAGCAGCUGUUGAAGCUGAGCUCAAGAAAAUGGAGGAACAAUUGGAGAAGAAGAAGGCACAGUAUGUGGAGCUAAUGAAGAACAAAAUAGCUCAAAUUCACAAGCAGGCAGAAGAGAAGAGAGCCAUGAUCGAAGCUAGACGUGGAGAAGCGUCUCUCAAAGCUGAGGAAUUAGCUGCCAAGUAUCGUGCCACUGGAACUGCUCCUAAAAAGCUAUUUGGAUUCCUGUGA